GUCAUACACGUCACAUGCGCAGAAGUUUAUGUAGUUAUUGUGCAAGAGGGUCAUUGCGAGUUCACCGAUUGCAAACAACCGUAUAAGCGUUGGUCAUUGGUUGGUCAAUUUCAAUGGUCAUCUGGCCUUAGCACAUAACGGACAUUCAUUAUACCAUAACUUACACUAGGAAAUAGCACGUUUUUAAAUGUGCGGUAUGGCAGAAACUGCAUUAGAUCUGUCGAAGCCUACUUGUAGCGAUGCUUACCUCAAAGCUCAAAGUGACCAGGAGUCCCGAACAUCAUCCCCGAUGUCUUCAAUUAAAUCGGAGGAGAAUUCUCAGGAAAAUCUACAAAAUAGCGGAUCAAGUGACAAUAGUGAACCGUCAGAAAGAAAUAAAAUACAUAGACCUUUUAAGAUAUAUCCAAUGGAUCCAUUCUCAUCAUUAAGUAUGAGCACACAAAUAUCUCCCCUGUCACCGAUGCCAACCUCUGCUGGUAUGUCUUCUGUGUUCGAUACAGCCGUACCAACCUUUCCGCUGACGCCAUUAACAUCACAUUUGUUACAUCGCAAGAGGCGCGCGGAAAGUAGAUCUGACAGUCGUGAUUCUAAAAAAGCAACAAAUCCAGUGCCAGAGGAAAGGAAGGAUGAUUCUUAUUGGGAAAGACGGAGGAAAAAUAACGAAGCAGCUAAACGAUCUCGAGAUGCUAGGAGAGAGAAAGAAGAAGAAAUAGCAAUGCGCGCAGCUUUUCUGGAACAAGAAAACUUAAAACUUCGAGCGCAAGUGACAAUACUCAAAAAUGAAACUGCUAAAUUACACUACAUGUUGUAUAAUCGCUUAUAAAUUUUGGGAUAUUAUAAGCAUGGAAUUAAAAGUGAGAUUUCUUCAGACUAUAUCUGGUGAAACGGAAGAAAGGAACAGCUAUAUUACUUAUAUGCGAGUCUUAGCUACAAACAUUGGCGAUUUGAAACGAUAUAGACGACUACCAAAGCUAUGCGAAAUGGAAUGCGAUAUAAGACACAAAGAACUACCUCAGUUAUCGAAAAACAAACUAUUUACAUUGUAUAUCAGGACAGCAUCCUUUCAUCUCCUACCCCCUGAUCAAAUGUUGGUAUAUAUGUGCAGUGCUUGACUUUGUAUUAGUGCUAAAGUUUGAAUGUGUAUUUAUUAUGUAACGCAAGGCGUGCGUAUGUCAUGUAUGUGUCCAUUGUUUCAUUUUAGGGAUGUAAUCUCUUUGUUUGUUUUUUUAUUUUAAUUUCUUCCUGCCAUUUUAUGUUUUUGUAUUUGUCUGUUAAAAGAAUUUAAUUGAAUCAUUUAUAUUUUUUGAAAACAAAAAAAUGCGCGAUCUUAUGUUU